AUCUUCUUCGUCAGACUUCAAAUUCCAAUGCCUUUAGAUCUACAUCAAAGCAUUUCGAAAUUUUUAAAGAUUUUCACCAUCCAAAACCCUAACCUAGAUUUAACUUCAAAAUUGAUAAAAAUUUCCUCUUUUACUUAUAACUGAAAGAGUCCUUGAGAAACUCGAUCAAAAUUGACUAUGAAAGAAACGAAAUCAGUUAAAUUGAACUCACAGCAACACGAAAACGGUCACUUUUCUCCGUUCAAAUUCGCCAAGUUAUUAGAUCCAGAAGCUUCUUGGGACAAGGAUCAAUUAGGAGAUGUGUUGCAUUGGAUUCGACAAGUUGUAGCUCUUUUCUGUGGGCUAUUAUGGGGUGCAAUCCCUGUCGUUGGAAGCAUUUGGAUCUUCAUUUUUCUGGCAAUAUCCACUGGGAUUAUAUAUGGUUAUUACGCAAUGAUCCUAAAGAUUGAUGAAGAAGAAUUUGGUGGUCAUGCAGCCCUUCUCCAAGAAGGGCUUUUUGCUUCAAUAACUCUCUUUCUGUUGGCGUGGAUUCUGGUAUACAGCUUGGCCCACUUUUGAUAUGGUCUGUAUCAUUUGGCUGCCCUCUGUUUCUAAGUCACAUUUCAAGGAUUUUAUUCUGUUAGAUGAGGAACCAUUCAUUGUUAUCUGAAAAGAAUGAGAAACUUUCUUAGUUGAGAAAUGCCAAUAGCUAUUACUUUUUACAUUUCAUUGUGCAACAUUUUGAAUUUGCAGAUCCUCAAGCUAUUUUAUUUUUUUAUCAUGGUAUAUACAUGUUUGCUUUCAGUCAGUGUUACCUUCAUAAAAAUCCCACAGAAUGUAGCAAUUUGUGGUGCAAGCACCUGAUGCUAAUCUAAACACUGAUCUAAACACUGUUUUUCUUGCUUCAAAUAAUCUGUUGCCAGCAAACUUUCUGGUUGAUAUCAGAUAAAUGUUGAAUUUGUGUGGUUUUUGGUAGCAAGAUAUUAUUUGUUUUCUAUAUCAUUUUUUAUUGAAAGAGGUUGGUGAAUUCCAGAUUUCUAGGCCUCCUUGUGGUUCCCUGUUUGUAAACUCUUCCACGGGCAUUUAGACACCCAAUGUUCCAUGACAUGCUCUGUUAAUUUAAGUGACAACAAGGCCUAUUGGGGUUGGGGAUGCAUGAAAUUUUUGCACUUGUAUUAUUUACGAAUUUCCCUAGAUUUAUUCAUUGUUUUAAUCAGAAUCAAGUGUUCUGUUCCUUUUCUUUUUUCCUCCCUUACAAGGCAUUACUGCAUUUAAAGCUUUUAUCUUCAGACGUUUUUUGAACAUGAUGGAUAACCCAUGUAUGCCUAUAUAGUCUACGAAAGUGUGCUCAGUCAGUUGUACUUAAGGUGUGCAAAAUGUGAAGUGAGUAGACGACUAAAUCAAGACAGCUAGUUUUGUAUAUUAGUGAGCAUGCACACUCAUGUUUGCAUGAUUUUCAGUGUUUGGAUUUGUGAUAACCAUGGGAAUGUUAAGAGUUAGGAAUUGGGAUUGGAAAACGCCUCAAAUCAUUGCUGUUUGAUUGCUUCUGUUCAAAUAUUGGGUUACGGGGUGGCUGAUGUGAUGAAUGGAUAUCUUGCGGCUUUGCCUGGAGUUGCCCCACUUCAACCAUGCUGGAAAGAUUACAAGAUGACGAUAUCAAGUCGAUUGUUAUUAACAUUCUACAACAACAAAAGAUUAGUUCUUGAAAGGAAGAUACUAAAAUGUUCUAUACAAGUUAUUUUAGGAGUCUCAUCAGUUAAUUCUACAAUAUAAGAAGUCCAGCCGUCAAUUUACGUGUAACGAAAACUUCGGCUAAAAUCAUUUAUUUUAUCCCUCAAAAAGCGUGAAAAUCAUGCUUCUAUUAAGAGUUUACGAAGGAGUCGUGUAUGCUUUGCAGAUGGCUCACAUCCACCUCCAAAUUCUACCCCUUUGUCACGGCCAUUUACCCAUCUUCUGCUAAUUCUCUACACAGAUUGCUGCACAAUGGCAAUCAACCGUGUGAACAAAAAGCCCUAUUCCAAAUUCUACCUCUUUGUCAUGGCCAUUUACCCAUCUUCUGCCAAUUCUAGAUACAGAUUGCUGCUCAACGGCAAUCAUCAACCGUGUGAACAAAAAGCCUUAUGUGUUUGUCUGGGAAAAUAACUGUAUAGUUUUACAGAGUAAUUUAUUGUGAUAAAAUG